CGCGGCGGGGCGGGCAGGGAGCAGGCGGCGGCGGCUGCUUCGGAGCCAUCGCGCCUGCCCGGCCGGUGGUGGACCUCGGGCGGGGAGCGGCGGGUCUCCGGGCCGGGCGGGCCCCAUGGGCGGGUGUGUGGGCUCCCAUCACGACUCCUCGGGCAGCCUCAACGAGAACUCGGACGGCACCGGAGUUGCUUUAGGUCGUAAUCAACCCCUGAAAAAAGAGAAACCAAAAUGGAAAAGUGAUUACCCAAUGACAGAUGGACAGCUGCGCAGUAAAAGAGAUGAGUUUUGGGACACAGCACCAGCUUUUGAAGGCCGCAAGGAGAUUUGGGAUGCCCUCAAGGCUGCUGCACAUGCGUUUGAGAGCAAUGAUCAUGAACUGGCACAAGCAAUCAUUGAUGGUGCAAACAUAACGCUACCACAUGGUGCUCUUACAGAGUGCUAUGAUGAACUGGGCAACAGAUACCAGCUUCCAGUCUACUGCCUGGCCCCGCCUGUCAAUAUGAUAGAGGAGAAGGGAGACCUGGAGACUCUAGAUAUUCCCGAUCCACCACCCAAUUCUGGGCAUGAAUGCCAGCUUCGCUUGCGCCUCUCAACAGGCAAAGACCUCAAACUUAUGGUCCGCAGUAUGGACACAGUAUAUCACAUGAAGAGGCGACUGCAUACGGUGGAAGGAGUGGAGCCCAGCAGCCAGCGCUGGUUCUUCUCAGGCAGGCCGCUCGCAGACAAAAUGAAACUGGAGGAGCUGAAAAUCCCGAAGGAUUAUGUGGUGCAAGUCAUUGUGAGCCAGCCCUUAACAAAUCCAACCCCAGUGGAAAACUGAUUCUGUUUGUUUUUUGAUUCUCCAUUCCUCCUCCUCUAUCAUAUGGGAUUUAUUUUCUCUGCUCUUAUUUUUCCUGCUAAUGGAUUGGUUCCAAGAAAUGACUAGCAAAAAUUCCAUCUGUGAUGGAGAUCUGCAGAAACAAAACACAAAUGUAAACUGUCCCUUGGGAUUUGCCUGAUUGAUAUUUUUUAACACCACAGAAAGAAACACAUGGCAAAUGCAAUGAAGGGUUUGUGUAAGGGGGAAGUCUGUCAUUUAAACAAUAAAAACCUGUAAUAAUGCUUGGAACUGUAGGUGGAGCAUUGAUCCAUGGAGAAAGCACUUUUUUAAAAAAAGAGAAAAAAAUAAACCAAAUUGUAGUACUUCAUGAAAUCGGCACCAUUUACAGUUCAUCCCAGAAGUGUAGCUUCUCUGGUAGGUCCACUUUGCUCGGUAUCUAUGAUGAUUGUUUCUGUUUUGGUUUAACUCAUGUGCUGUGUCCGAUUUCUCCUGUGGCGUAGUGAAUCUCAUCCAGAGAGAGGUGGACUGAAGAACGGAUUUUUGUGUUGCGUUCUAUCACUGCUGUGUUCCACCCCAAAUGUGGCUCUUCUUCAUGUUCAUACGAACCGGUUUUAGCACAUUCCAGGAUGGUGAUAAAUGGGCUUGUGCCGUUUUGAGGCUUCAGUGUUUGGUAAAUACUGCGUUCUGGAGCAUUAGGCAAUAAUUUAGGAAGUGUAUACACAUUUUAAUAAAUCCUUCAUGUACUGUA